GAUGGCGGCUGUAGAUUAUCUACCACUAAGAAAAAGGAGAAGUAUGACACCACCUCUAAUGCUAUCUGAACUGAGGAUAAUUCUGUUAGGAAAGAACCACUCAGAGACCAGCAGUGUGGGGAACUUCAUUCUGGGUAGAGCUGCAUUUGAGACUGAAGUUCCUCCACAUUCCGUAGAUCAGCACAGUGAGAGCGCCAGAGGAUGGGUGGAGGAAAGAUACAUUACCAUCAUCAAUGCUCCUCAUCUGUACAAUCCAGAACUCACUCAGACGACUGAGAGACUAAAAGAGUGUGUUUCACUUACUGCUCCUGGUCCUCAUGCUUUCUUACUUGUGGUGCAACCUCAGAAUUUUACAGAGGAGGACACGAACCAACUAAAACACUUACUAAACUGUUUCAGUGACCAAGCAGUAAACUAUUCUAAAUUGAUCAGUACUGGCUGGGAGGCUGAAGAGGAAAAAUCUGCAAGUUUUAACAAGUUUCUGGAUGAAUGUGAUGGGAGAUUUCACAGAUUAAAACUCCUAGAUAAAUUUGACAAGACUUUGGUUUGUCGGCUGUUUCAGGAGAUUGACAAAUUGGUAAAAAUAAAUGGAAGUCAUCUCACGUGUGAGAUUUUUGAGGAUGCAGAGGAAACUUUGCAACAUUAUGACAAAAAUGGAAAAGAUGAAGAGAGGAAACGUGUGAGCUGUUCUGAGGACAAAAGUAAGAAGCCUGUAACAGUCUGA